CACUUCAUCCUCAAUAUGAAUCGACUUCCGCUGGAGGUAAUUCAUGUUGCUCUAUUCUGUCUCUUCUUGGUAUGCAUAUAUACAACAAACGUAUUGGAGCGAGCUGCUGACAAUAAUGUGUUCUCUGACCCUGGCAAUGUUGCACAGAGAACACGGAAAGCAGUGUACGUAGUGGCGACAAACAGACGGAAUGGUGUGCCCCCGGAAACAGAAAUAGAACAACGGGGCCAACAGGCGCAUGAUCAUGACACGCACAUUGUGGAAUACUAUGUGGAGGAACAUGGAGGAGAAGACAGUAAUGUAACAUAUCCGCCGUUUGUGGAGCACAGUCCGGAGAAUGGUCCAGGUGAAUGGGGAACUGCUUUCAAUUACAAGCCAACAGGGGCAGAGAAACUUCAAUAUGAAGAGGGAAAGAAGAGAAAUGGUUUUAAUCAGUUGGUGAGCGAUCGGAUCUCCAUACACCGGCGUCUACUGGAUAACAGAGUUGAAGAAUGUAAGUCACGUGUGUAUCCAGCCGAUCUACCUCAGGCUAGUGUCAUCAUCUGCUUCCAUAACGAGGCUUGGUCCACUCUCCUCAGAUCUGUCCACAGCGUCCUUGACCAAUCUCCUGAACAUCUCAUAAGGGAGAUAAUUCUCGUUGAUGAUGCAUCAACUCAAGAUCAUCUAAAGACACCUUUAAAAAAAUACAUGUCAAAACUUGGCAAGGUGAAGAUUGUCAGACACAAGGAUCAUCAGGGUCUAAUCAGAGCGAGGCUGUCUGGAUAUGAAGAGGCUUCUGGUCCAGUAUUGGUGUUUCUAGACUCUCAUAUCGAGUGUUUCCCAGGAUGGUUAGAACCACUACUCAAUCGUAUCAAGGAGAAUCCGAGGAAUGUUCCCUUUCCUCAAAUUGAUGUGAUCAGCUCUGACAACUUCGGAACAGGAAUAUCCCAAAUGUUGGAACAGUUUGGAGUGUUCAGGUGGCGGAUGCUGCACUUCAACUGGGGAAGCAUCAACGAUGAGAGGAAGAGCAAGCUGAAGACACCUGCUGAUCCCGUCAGAUCCCCUACAAUGCCGGGUGGGUUGUUCGCUAUAGACAGACAGUGGUUCACCACCCUGGGGACGUAUGACCCGGGUCUCUUGUACUGGGGUGGAGAGAACAUGGAACUGUCUUUCAAAAUAUGGAUGUGCAAUGGAACACUGGAGAUAUUACCGUGUUCCCACGUGGGUCACGUGUUCCGCAUGAGAAAUCCCGUGAGGUGGGAAGGAAAAGAAAAGCCUAUUUUGACCAACUCCAUGAGGGUGGCGGAAGUGUGGCUUGACGAGUACAAGUACUUGUUCUAUGAACAGACUUCAUUGAUGCCGGGCAGCAACUUUGGUGACAUUACUGACCGGAAGAAACUGCGGGACAGUCUUCAUUGUCAUGACUUCCGCUGGUAUAUAGAAAAUGUCUACCCGGAGAGUCGCAUCUUCCCAGUUCUGAAUUACGGAGAGGUUCGAAGCUAUGACAGUCCCACCAUGUGUCUGAGUGGGGCAAGGAACAGAAUCCCCAGCCUCUGCUCAUGCCUCGACGCCGGUAGAAACAAGAUCUGGCAGCUGUUGCCGUCGGGUGUUUUGCAAGAUUCCAGUGCACAGAGACUGUGUGUGAAGGAAGGGGAGCUUAUCCACGACGAAGGCUACACGAGCGUCCUGUUCAGCUGGACGUACACAGAGGACCAUACCCUCUACCUGAAGACGUUUGACAAAUGUCUAACAGUUGGGGAGAACUCCUCUCUCCACAUGGCGACGUGCGAUGGAAAUUUGAAGCAAAGGUGGAUGUUCGAGAAAUCUAAAUUUGAACAUCGUAACGCGUGACGUGUUUAACAAUGCGAAUGUGUAACCAAAAUGUCAUUGGGAACGUGUGCUUAUUUAUGUAACAUAGAUGUAACGUACGUUAUGAGAAAUCAAUGCUACUGCUGCUAUGUUGGU